AGUGGACCGCACGCCGGGCCGUGUUUUUCCCCGCAAGUUGGACUUAAUACUUUAAUUUUCAGUCACAUGUAAAUUGCUAUUAGGAGUUGUGCUUUAAUUCCAGUGCUAGAACGCCACAGCGCUGUUUUUUUUUUUUUUUUUCAUUUUAUUUCACCAGCUCCGUCCUAAAAGCACUAAUCAUCACAGGGCUCCUGCGCGCGGCGUCUUGGCGCGCCUCGGCGAAAACAGCGAGCCAUUGCUUUGACGUCACGGCGAUGAUGAUGAUUGGAAUCCGCACGGCGAGUGUAGUGCGCGUGAAGCGGCUCCCGCGAACCUCAGUAUGUUGAUGCCUUAAUAACAAGUGUUCAAUUUACGCGCCAAUUGCAGGAAUGUUCCAGAGUGUUAAUACUAAAUUAAAGGAGCACUCAAGGAGAGAAGCAAAUCCGUGAGAUGGUUCGGUAGAUGUCGAUGUCAUGGAUUUGACUAAAAUGGGUGCGAUCCACCUCCAGAACCCCGGCCACCCCACAUCGCUCCUGCAGAAGGCCAACCAGAUGCGCCUCUCGGGGACCUUGUGUGAUGUGGUCAUCAUGGUCGACAGCCAGGAGUUUCAUGCCCACAGAACCGUGCUCGCAUGUGCUAGUAAGAUGUUCGAGAUCCUGUUCCACCGCAACAGCCAACAUUACACUCUGGACUUCCUCUCACCAAAGACCUUCCAGCAAAUUCUGGAGUACGCCUACACCGCUACGCUCCAAGCCAAGCUGGAGGACCUGGACGACCUGCUGUACGCCGCAGAGAUUUUAGAGAUAGAAUAUUUGGAGGAGCAAUGUCUGAAGAUCUUGGAAACCAUCCAGGCCUCUGAAGAGAACGACACGGACGUGAAUAUGAACGAAAACGGCUCAGAGGAUGCCGAUGACCGCAGGAUCAAGUACCUUAAGAGCACAUUCAUCUCUAAAAAGCAUUCCAUACAGGACGCCGGCCAUCGCCAUCGCUUGGCGCUGGUCAGCAUGGUGGAUAAGAGAUCUACAGAGUCCACCCAACUGGGUCUUUCAACCGUCAGCCCGACUAAAGCAGCCGUAGAGGGCUUGAUGAGCAUGGGACAGUCGGUCCUCCAAGGCAACGUGACCCAGAGUUACUCAAACAACCUUGGUAACUCAUCUCCGUUGCUAGAUAAAAUCAAGACUGAGAUGAUGCAGGUAGACGAGGACUACCAACACGAAGGCGGCUUCCCCAGGAACGGGGAGGGCGGAGGUGACUCCAGGCACCCCCGGGACACCCCUGGAACCCCGACCAGAGGCAGCGUCAUCACCAGCGCCCGCGAGCUCCACUCCGCAGAUAGUUCUGCUGAUUCCCAAGGAGACAACAGCCAAGCGGGUCUAGUCAAUAUGGCCAGUCUGGCUGAUAGACAUUUCGCGUCACUGUGCUCUAUCCCGUCCAACCAUAAGAGCGAAAGCAUGCUGCCCUUACCUGUGUCCAUGGCCUCGUCCCUACAUGUGCCGUCCUCCCUGGCCAUGUCGAUGGAUUUCAGUGCCUAUGGGGGGCUCUUCCAUCAGAGCUUGAUUCAGAGGGAGUUCUUAAGCAAGCUUGGGGAUUUCACAGCGAAUGUCAAGCAUGAGGUCCAAACCCAGAAAGAAAGAUGUGAGGUGUGUGAUAUGGAGCUGCCCGAUAAUGAAGCUGCUGAGCAACACAGGAAGUUGCAUGGUGGAGUGAAGACCUUUGGCUGUGAGUUCUGUGGAAAGCAGUUCCUGGACAGUUUACGACUGAGGAUGCACAUGCUGUCUCAUUCAGCUGGAUCGAAAGCACUAGUAUGUGAUCAAUGCGGCGCUCAGUUUUCCAAGGAAGACGCCCUGGAAGCCCAUCGACAGACUCACACAGGCUCAGACAUGGCAGUGUUUUGUCUCCUGUGUGGGAAGCGUUUCCAGACCCAGAAGGCUUUGCAGCAGCACAUGGAGAUUCACGCCGGCAUGCGCAGCUACGUGUGCAGCGAGUGCGAACGCACCUUUCCGAGCCACACGGCGCUCAAACGCCACCUCCGCUCGCACACAGGUGACCACCCGUUCGAGUGCGAGUUCUGCGGGAGCUGCUUCCGUGACGAGAGCACUCUGAAGGGUCACAAGCGCAUCCACACCGGAGAAAAGCCUUAUGAAUGUAACGGCUGCGGAAAGAAGUUCAGCCUCAAGCACCAGCUGGAGACCCACUACCGCGUCCACACAGGUGAGAAGCCGUUUGAGUGCAAGCUGUGCCACCAGCGCUCUCGGGACUACUCCGCCAUGAUCAAACACCUGCGUACCCACAACGGCGCUUCGCCCUACCAGUGCACCAUCUGCCAGGAGUACUGCCCCAGCCUCUCGUCCAUGCAGAAGCACAUGAAGGCCCACAAGCCCGAGGACGUGCCCCCAGACUGGAGGAUAGAGAAGACCUACCUGUACCUCUGCUACGUGUGAGACGGCCCGACGAAACCCAACGAGAAAGUGGCAGGAUGCGCCCGAGGACAAUUCACCUGAAAGUUUGCUUUUGGUCCAGGGACGAAGACGGUGAGGGGGCGUGGUCAAAGUGACGAAAUGUGACGUGGAUAUUUUUUUUUUGACCUUUCGUUUGUGACAUGCAUUCGUGCACAUUUUUAGGAUGUAACUGCACUCACAAAUGUUUAUGAAACGGAAAUGUUAUACGUGAUAAAGGGAUGUGAAUUUGGAGAAAGUGUUAGUACAGUCCACCCCUAUGACGAUGAUCCAUUUUUCUGCAUUCCACCCUGUCGAUUGGAGAAAUUCACUGCAUGAUCAUACUUGUAAUGUUUUGCUCAAAUAAGGAUUCCCAUCACUUUUUUUCUCCGUGGACAGUACAUGAGCCAUAGAUUUUCGAGACCCCGUGAAAUCUGUCAUAGGGAUCAUCCAGUAGGCUUUAGUUUCAUCGCAGCCGUCGUUUUAAAUGCAUAUCCGCUAAAAUUCGACGUUCAGAAUACGCUAGCAACCUAAAAGCUAACACAAGUGGACACGAAGCCUGCUAUUUUGAUUUCGUGGGGGUCUUAAUGGAGCUAUUCUGAGUCAAAUAAAAAACGUGGACCAAAGCUGAGAACUCACACACACACGAUGAAAUAGAAGAGCUAAACACAUUAGCGAACGAAAUUAUGCCCUUUUUUAGCAAAUUGCUCCCUUAAGUUCAUUAUUAGGCUCUCUAGUCCUCAAUUUUCAUGUUUUUUUUAUAAAUACAUGCAAGGAAAUGCACAGGGUUGGACCCAUUAGUCAUUUUCUUUAAAGCGUAAUAAAGUGCUUAACAAAACAGCUUUUCUCAGUGGUACAUCCAAAUUGUGCUGCCAAGCAACUGUAGUGGAUGUUCAGGGACAUUUAUUCAACCUUAAAUAACUACACUGUGCACUUUCAGAGUUUCAGAGGCCCGUUUUUUUUUGUUGUUUUCAGCACCAUUUCUGCGUUCAGUGCAUUCAGACGAAGCCAGAGAGGUGAAUCUCUUUGAUCUGCUUUCAUUUCAGUCACUUUCACACCAAAUAAUGAAGCAUGUCAGUUGAUUUCUUUUUUUUUUUUAUGUUCCCAUGUUAACGUGGCGAAAUCGCAGUUUUGCAUCUACAGGCAUUUUACCCGAAUGACAUGUUCAUAUCGUACCCAUGAAUCAAUUUCUGAAUUAAAAAGAGAUUAUUUUUUACAUUUAAAAACCACAAUGCAGUAUACGUCUCUGCGGUCUUCUGCUGAGGAUAACUGUAGUUAGCUCGCCGUCGUAGUUUGUGUUCUGUCAUCUCUGUUCGAACGUUUUACUUGAAUUGCCUAAUUUUGUUACCUCACAUGCUAGAUUUAUUUUUGUACCAGUCUUUGUCUCUCAUUUCCUGCUGAGCUUUGUUUAAAAGCUGUACGAUGCAUGUAGAAUGCCACAUCUUCAGGCCCUCACAGAAUCCCAGAGAAAUUUAAGAGAAAAUUCGGAUGUUGUUUGCGACGUUCAAUAUGCGGCCCUGUGUGUGCUUACGUUUUGGAUAAUUGGCAUAUGUUUUAUUUAUCAAUAUGAUUGUAGUUCUUUGCAUUUAACUGUGUUUAAAUGUAUUCUGCAUUACUAAAAAGACGGUAAAGGUGUGGUCACAUUUCCUUUUUGUAUACCAACUAAUACGUAACUAUUUUAUAUUUUGGCAAUUGGUGAUCAAUUGUACAAUUUCAUUUAUACUUUUUGUAUACCAUUGACGGUUAAGUUAAGGGUGCAUUUAAUGCAUUUUUCUAAAAAUCGUCCAUUUCUGCAUAAAUCUAAUUGUAGGAAUUCACACAAAAUCACCUAAUCAUAAAACUGUUAGGUGGGAAAUCCAGUCUUUUCUAUAGGAAUCAGCAUGUUCAGAAAUUUUACUCAAGAGUGAAAGAGUUCAAUUUUUUCAGAUUUCGCUGCAGGUUCAAAUUUGCGGGGGUUUUUAAAUCGCAUUUUCGUACGAAAUCACCUAAAAUAGUUACGUUUUCUCAUCAGAUAAGGUUGGAAAUCCUUUCUUUUCAAUGCGAAUCAAUUCGAUCAGCAAUUUUACAGAAGGACGAAAGAUCUCCAUUUUAACAGAUUUCGCAACAGUUUCAAAUUCUUCUUUUUUUGAAUAAAAAUCACGCAAUUUCAUACGAAUGGCACCGUACGCAUUCAUAUGAAAUCGCCACCUCGUAAAAAGAGUUACGCUUCACCUGACGAGUCCUCGGACUGAGCGAUGCGAUUGGACGAACAUUCUAUAGACCUUCAUCCUUACGUCUGUUCUCUUAAAACCGUACGUUUUCAUAUAAAUAACACGCGCAUUCAUAUAAAAUUCACCCAUAACUAUGGUAUUGACAAUGGACCAUUUUUUGCUUAUGAAACGAUUCUGAAAUCUGCUAAUGCGACCACAUCUUAAAUGCUGAUUCCGUGUGGGUCUGUGUAUUGUUCAGUGGUAUUUUAGUGUUCAGCAUAGUAGCAGUGUGCAUAUCAGCCUCUCGGCCAUCUGUUUCAGGGCUACCUCUACUCUGCUCUCAGUUUUGCACUAAAGCAAAAGCACACUUUUGUUUUGCUUGUUUUGCUGUUUCAUUCACAUCCACUUUCAUGUUUCCAUUCACUAGAGAAAAAAAAAGAACGAAAAAACCAACAGCCCGGUUCGUCCGUCGUUAUAUUUUACACUCCUUACGAUGAAACGCGUUCAAGUCUGAAAGGGUAGAUGCAUACGUUCUAGAUGAUUUUAGAAUAGCGUUGAGAAAAUGUUUAGUUAUUAGAUACUUGAGGGGAUAAACUUGAAACAAUGUGAAUAAAAAUGAUGUUUUUAUGUGAAAAUUAUUAAAGCGGUAAGUCAUCAGAGAUGCGGUACUGAUGCGUGCAGUUACGUGGAAAAAGUUCGCUAGAGAAAACAAAAAAAAAAAAACCAAUAGGUGAUUUUCUGUGAAAAUAAAUCUCUCGACAAGAGCCAAACGCGGCACUUUGAUAAGGGAAUAUGUUGUAUUUUUGUACGGGGUAUUGUGCGACCCCUGUUCCUUGUUUUUUUUUUUCAUUUUGAGUGAGGCGAAUAUUUUUAUGGUAUCUUUUGCAUUUGUGCUUGUUCUUGAUUUGCGUGGAAAAAAAACUGUUUUCUUGUGCUUAUUUUACAAUGUUAAACAUAUACAAGUAGUAGAUGUUUGUAAAAACAUAUUGUAGUCAUUGCUGCUGGGUGUCAGUUCGUAUGAUGAUGAUUCCACAUCUUGAGUAUAAAAUGACUGUGAGUGAACUAAUGCCAAGAGCUGUAGGUCAAGGAGCACAAGCGACCUGCGAGACGAGAAAAGUAAAGCUGUAUCUGUGUGUUUGUAUCGUGUUCACCGCUCACUGUAAGAUUAGAGUCACCUAUACGGUCUGUACUGGUCCUUGUGUGUGCAGUGUGAGUCAAUGUGGUCGACUUCUUCAGUGUUAAAUACAUGCACCGGUUAGCAACAAAGAGGUGCUCUUGACAGACACCCUGUAAAUGAUUUGAUACGUCAUCUGCCCUGUAUUUGUGUCUUUAUGCAAAGUCACCUUGAUAUGAACUGUGCUCUUAGGCAAUCAGGGAUGCCUUCACUUUACUCGCGGAACAUCGCCGAUACCGAUUUUAGGAUAAACACCUACACUUUCUUUGUCGUUACGGACGCUGCGUUUAGUUCCGUAAGCCCUUUUUGUUUUGGUCGCCACGAGCAAUAAAUCUACAGGUCAGCAUUUAAGUGAAAAACCUGGCAUCCCUGCCGCUGUAUCACUGUGUUUUACUUUGCUUUCAGACAGGAAGUAGCCAUGUCACUCAGUGCGCCCAUGUUUGUGCCAUCGUUACACAAAUGAAAACUCGGACUGAGGCUCCACGUGGGACCAAACGACCAUUUUCGCUCCAUUUGCCUUGUUCUAGCGACAAGACCGCGUUCUUGGUGUCGAAAUGGUUUUACAUUUGUCGUGUUUUACUUUAUUGUAUUGUCUACCUCAGCACCAGUUCUUUGUGUAACUUUUAAAAGGUGCCCAAUUAUUGUUACUUUGUUUUGUGCAUAAAUUUUGUAUUAUAGCCUUGUAGGGUUUUUGUUUUUUCUCUUUGUUUCAGCAUAGAGAUGCUGUUUUGAAGCACUGUGUGGUGAUUUUGAUGCUGCAGAUAGAGGUGUAGAUUCCUUUUCCCUUCUCUAUGUGGGUUCAGACACAUCUCUGUAUACGUCAGUGUUCUAAAAUAAACUUGUAACAGAAA